AUGCGCAUCCUGUCGCUCGUCACCCAGCUCUUGCUGCCGCUGUCGGCAUUGGCCGCCAAGAAGGCCCCCGCGCAGGACCGCUUCCUCUCCGCCCGCGCCCAGUCGACGCCGCUGCAGCUCGACGAUGGCUCGUUCAACGAACUGACCUCUGCGCCGCGCGACUACGCCGUCGCCGUGCUGCUGACUGCCCUCGAGCCGCGCUUCGGCUGCGCCAUGUGCCAGGACUUCCAGCCCGAGUGGAGCCUGCUCUCCAAGAGCUGGACCAAGGGCGACAAGCAAGGCGAGAGCCGCCUCGUCUUCGCGACCCUGGACUUUGUCGAUGGAAAGGCCACUUUCCAAUCCCUCAUGCUCCAAACCGCCCCCGUCCUUCUGCUCUUCCACCCGACUUCUGGUCCCAAUGCCCGGGCUGACGCCACGCCCAAGCGCUUUGACUUUGCCAUGGGCCCUCAGUCGGCCGACGGCAUCCACGCCUGGAUUUCGCGCAACCUCCCCGAGGGCCCGCACCCUCCCAUUGUCCGCCCCAUCAACUACCUGAAGAUCGUGUCGGUGACCACGGCCGUCCUCGGCGUCGUCACCUUCGUCACCGUCGCGGCUCCCUACAUUCUGCCCGUCAUCCAGAACCGCAACCUGUGGGCUGCCUUCAGCUUGAUCAUGGUGCUCUUGUUCACCAGCGGCCACAUGUUCAACCACAUCAGGAAGGUUCCCUACGUCGCUGGGGACGGCAAGGGCGGCAUCAGUUAUUUUGCCGGCGGCUUCCAGAACCAGUUCGGGAUGGAGACGCAGAUUGUCGCGGCCCUCUAUGGCGUCCUCUCUUUUGCUACCAUCUCGCUCGCCCUCAAGGUUCCCCGCAUCGCGAACCCCAAGACGCAGCAGACGGCCGUUCUCAUCUGGGGCGGUCUGCUUUUCGUGACUUACAGCUUCCUUCUCAGCGUUUUCAGGAUCAAGAACGGCGGCUACCCCUUCUACCUGCCCCCGUUCUAA